AUGGAUGACCUGGAAAACCUCGAGUUCCUCUCACUCGUGUCCAAAGUGACUUCCGAAAUACAAAAUCAUCUCGGGGUAUCCGACAAAACGCUCGCCGAAUUCGUCAUCGACCAGCAUGCGAAAUGCAAAGGUGUGACAGACUUCAAGGACCAGCUAGAAGCUAUGGGGGCCGAAUUUCCGCAGAGUCUUGUGGAAAGUAUCGACCGUCUGAUUCUGACACUACAUCCAAAAUACAAGAACAAGGGCGCAAAAGCCGCGGGCGCAAAUGGGCAAGAUGGUGGAGAUGCGACAGAUCGCAAGACGCGUGUCUUCAAGGGCCUCGCGAUUCCCGACAAAGAGGUCGACUACGAGGUAGCGGACGAAGCGCCUGCAAAUGAAGCGCCUGAUGUCGAUGCGCUGGACGAUACGUUUGCCAUGUUGGAAGGUCUCGCAGGCAAGGCGCCGGGGAAACCCAAGGCGAGGUCGCGGAAGAGGAGCAUGAGCCCAUAUGAUAGCGACGAUGAUAUUGCCAGAAGCAAGCGAUACAGGAGGAGGAAUGCCUCAGGCUCGCGCUCACGCUCUCGGUCAACGAGCCCACGCCGAGGGCGGGAGCAGAACGACGAGCUGGUUUUCGAGGACGAAUUUGGACGCACACGAACUGUUAAGCCAAGCAACAAGCAACGAACGCGCAAGAAGUACCGCGACGAAGAUCUCGACGAAUUCCGACGGCCGCCAACUCCCGAACUCGAUGACGAGCCGGUACUAUACAAAAUCUACAAUGGCAAGGUCACAGGCAUCAAGGACUUUGGCUGCUUCGUCAACAUCCAGGGCGUCAAGGGCAAAGUGGACGGGCUAGUACAUGUCACACAGAUGAUGGAGGGUCGCGUCAACCACCCGUCUGAUCUUGUAUCGAGAUGGCAGGAGGUCAAGGUCAAGGUCAUUAAGACGGAAAACGGCAGGAUAUCGCUGUCGAUGAAGGAGGUGGAUCAGCAAACAGGUCGCGACCUUGCGCCCGGCAAGCGGAUAGCGUCUUUCGGAACCGGCGCAAACUCAUCGGGACUGGGAGGCAUACCAGGGGUCGACAGUUCUGUGCCAGUUGUCGAAGAUGGCUACAAUGGUCGCAAGAACGGUAUGCGAAAGCGCAUGACUUCGCCAGAACGUUGGGAAAUUAAACAGCUCAUUGCUUCUGGUGUAAUACCGAAGUCGGACUACCCGAACAUCGACGAGGACUACAACGCGCACAUUAACGGCGAGGGCGGUUUCGAGGAAGAAGAGGACGUGGAUAUUGAAGUACGCGAAGAGGAACCUCCGUUCCUGGCUGGCCAGACCAAGCAAUCGCUCGAGCUCUCCCCGAUUCGAGUUGUCAAAGCACCUGACGGCUCGCUCAAUCGCGCUGCCAUGGCCGGAGAUACGCUCGCCAAAGAACGCCGUGAUCUAAAGCAGCAGGAAGCCCAAGAGAAGGCCGCAAAGGAGGCAGCGAAUGUUGACCUAAGCAGCCAGUGGAACGAUCCCAUGGCUCAACAACGCCAGUUUGCAAGCGAUCUUCGCAAUACUAGGACCAACGAGCCUGCUCAAGCAUUGCCUGAAUGGAAAAAGAUCUCCACGAAUAGCCGGGAAACCUCAUUUGGCAAGCGUACCAACAUGAGCAUCAAGGAACAACGAGAGUCGUUGCCUGUCUACAAAUUCAGGAACAAGCUUCUAGAGGCCAUCGCAAACAACCAGAUCCUCAUUGUCGUUGGUGAUACUGGAUCCGGAAAGACCACGCAAAUGACGCAGUAUCUUGCUGAGGCUGGAUAUGGCAACGAGCUUGUCAUCGGUUGCACUCAGCCGAGGCGUGUAGCUGCAAUGAGUGUUGCCAAACGUGUCGCCGAAGAGGUUGGUUGUGCCCUUGGGAGUGAGGUCGGUUACACUAUACGAUUCGAAGACAAGACCUCACCGGAAACCCGGAUCAAAUAUAUGACGGAUGGUAUCCUGCAGCGUGAGAUUCUCCUAGAUCCUAUGCUGUCAAAGUAUAGUUGUAUCAUGCUUGACGAAGCCCACGAACGUACCAUCGCCACAGAUGUCUUGUUCGGACUACUGAAGAAGACCCUCAAGCGACGCCCGGAUAUGAAGCUUAUCGUUACCAGUGCCACCCUCGAUGCCGACAAGUUCUCCGAAUACUUCUACAAAUGCCCCAUCUUCUCCAUCCCAGGUCGAACCUUUCCCGUAGAGGUCAUGUACAGUCGGGAACCAGAGUCCGAUUACCUCGACGCAGCGCUUGUGACGGUCAUGCAGAUCCAUCUGACGGAGCCAGCAGGUGAUAUCUUGCUCUUCUUGACGGGUAAAGAGGAGAUUGAUUCAUCCUGCGAGAUCAUAUCCGAGCGUAUGAAAGCUCUUGGGCCAAAUGUGCCGGAACUCAUGAUCCUACCCAUUUAUGGAGCUCUGCCGUCAGAGGUUGCAUCUCGUAUUUUCGAACCCGCGCCCAAUGGAGCCCGCAAAGUCGUCAUUGCUACAAAUAUCGCCGAAACCAGUUUGACUAUCGAUGGUAUAUACUACGUCGUAGAUCCGGGUUUUGUGAAGCAGAGUUCGUACGAUGGAAAGCUGGGCAUGGAUCGUCUGCAGAUUACGCCCAUCUCGCAGGCGCAGGCUCGUCAGAGAAGCGGAAGAGCAGGAAGAACAGGUCCAGGAAAGUGUUUUCGUCUGUAUACCGAAGCCGCGUUCCAGAAUGAGAUGUUACCGACGACUAUUCCGGAGAUCCAGCGCCAGAACUUGUCGAAUACGAUUCUGAUGCUCAAAGCCAUGGGCAUCAACGAUUUGUUACAUUUUGACUUCAUGGACCCACCGCCGACUAAUACUAUGUUGACAGCACUAGAAGAGCUGUAUCAACUAGGUGCAUUGGAUGAUGAAGGACUGCUUACGCGUCUGGGUCGACAGAUGGCCGACUUCCCUAUGGACCCUUCACUCUCGAAAUCUCUCAUCAAGUCGGUCGAACUCCAAUGCUCAGACGAGAUCCUCACAAUCGUUGCGAUGAUCAGCGCCACACAGAACGUCUUUCACCGACCGCGAGACAAGCAACAACAAGCCGACCAAAAGAAGCAGAAGUUCAACGAUCCCUCUGGUGAUCAUAUCACCCUGCUCAAUGUGUACAAUGGCUGGAAACAAGGCGGUUUCAGCACGCCCUGGUGUCACGAGAACUUCAUCAUGCCCAAAAACAUGCAGCGCGUUCGCGACGUGCGGAAUCAGUUGCUACAGAUCAUGGCGCGACACAAACACCAAGUCGUAUCCUGCGGUCGCAACACGAUCAAAGUCAGGCAGGCGCUCUGCUCAGGGUUCUUCCGCAACUCGGCUCGUAAAGAUCCUGCCGAGGGCUACAAGACGCUCGUCGAAGGCACGCCUGUCUACCUUCAUCCAUCGUCUUCUCUGUUUGGCAAGCCUGCGGAACACGUCAUUUACCACUCACUCGUUGAGACGACAAAGGAGUACAUGCACUUUUGCUCUGCCAUCGAACCCAAGUGGCUUGUCGAAGCAGCGCCGACGUUCUUCAAGGUGGCACCUACAGACCGAUUGUCCAAGAGAAAGAAGGCGGAGAGGAUACAGCCCCUGCAUAAUAAGUUUGCGGGUGAGGAUGAUUGGAGAUUGAGUGCUCAGAGAAGGGCUGGAAGGGGUGGAGGAGGUACAUGGGGCUAA